UCCCAGCCGGGUGAUUUCAGAGCAUCCCAGCCGGGUGAUUUCAGAGCAUCCCAGCCGGGUGAUUUCAGAGCAUCCCAGCCGGGUGAUUUCAGAGCAUCCCAGCCGGGUGAUUUCAGAGCAUCCCAGCCGGGUGAUUUUGGCAGCAUCCCAGCCGGGUGCUCCCGGAGCCGCAGCAUCCCCGCGGGGAUGCAGCCGUACCAUGGCAGAGCUGCCCCCGGGGUUGGGGCUGCGCCGAGCCCGGCAGCUUUCGGGUACCACAAGGACGAUCCCAGCAGGCACGUCCGGCCCAUCCCCAACCCGAACUGCUACCCGCAGAUCUUUUGGGUGGAAGGCUGUGCUGAUGCUUCGGCUCCCCCCGGGGCUCCCUUCCCACCGCCGGUACCCGACCGGAGGAGGAAGCCACGGAACGACGGGGAAAGGAGGAGCGCCGGCUUCCUCGUGAUGUUCCUGCUGAUCCUGGUGGCCUUCACCGGAGUGGGGCUGAGCAUAUUUAAGAUUUUUCACCUGGAGAAGGAAGUGGAUGAACUCAGAGAGUCUGCCAGCGCUGAGCACAUCCCUCCAGCCUCCCAGAAACUCACGGGGCAGAAGGAGCAGCCUGUGCAGAAGGAGGCGAGGAGGGCGGCACAUCUGACAGGCAACCCAGCCCAGCAGGACCUUCCUCUGGAGUGGGAGCCCAUCUCUGGCCAUGCCUACACCAGUGGCAUCCAGUACCAGCAGCGGGGGCUGGUGGUGAGCGAGCCUGGGCUGUACUUCGUGUACUCCAAGGUGCUGUUCCGUGGCAGCGCCUGCGACAGCCAGCUCCUGUCCCACGUCGUCUACAAGAGGAAUCCAUCCUCUCCCGGCAGCCUGGUGCUCAUGGAGGACAAAGCCACCAAUUUCUGCACGGGGAAGAGGAUGUGGGCCCGCAACAGCUACCUGGGGGCUCUCUUCAAGCUCAGGAAGAUGGACAGUCUGCACGUCAACGUCUCCAAAAUCGCCCUGGUUAAUUUUGAGGAAUCCAAGACUUUCUUUGGUUUGUUUAAGCUUUGA